ACAUCAAAAGUGUGACUCUGAUCGUUCUUCCGUUGAGGCCUUCAUAUAUAUACACAUAUAUGUUUCAUUUUUUAUUUAGGUAUUUGCAGUAUGCACUGACAACGAAAAUAAAAUGUCUAAAAUGAGAAAACUUUUGCAGGCUGAAGCUUUUAAGUUGAUAACAUAUGGUUGCUCUGCUCAUUAUUUAAAUUUGGUUGAAAAGGAUGUCUCUCCAAAGUCUAUAGUAAAGCAUAUUAUAGCAAUUCAUAAAUAUUUUCGUAAUCAUCACCAACCACAUGGUUGGUUAUUGGAAAAAGGUGGACUGAUGCCACAGCUACCUAAUGAUACUCGCUGGAACUCCCAACUAGAUUGUUUACAGACAUACAUAUCUAAUCAUUCUCUGUACGUUGACAUUAGAGAUGAGCAUAUGGAAUCCAUUGAUCCUUCGAUAGGAAGCCUAAUUGACAAUCUAUCAAUACAGAGAGAAGCAAUAAAUUUAUAUGCACAACUGAAAAUUGUUGGUGUUGCGUUAGAUAAGGUUAAUAAAAUUAGUUAUUAAUUGGAUUUAUUAAAUUUAAUUAUAUUAAGUAUAUUAAAACCACUUAUAUUAGGAACAAUGUCACCAUUAACUUUAU